AUGAGAAUGAUCUGCGUAAACCAAAACAAAGAGACCAACGUCACGACUACCACACCUCGUUGUGUAGCCAAUUGGGCACAUACGCAGGAACAGGUGCUAUAUGCCAUUUAUCUCUUGAUUGGUCUCGUCUUCAUUGCAUUGAUCUGGACAAUCGCUUCACGUCGUCAACGCAAAUCGUUGCGUAAGGGCGAGAUUGGGUUUUCACUUCAAUGUCGUACAUGGGCACGUACGUCUCGUACGGCUGCCAUUAUUAAUCGACCUGUGCAGUUGCUCGUGUCAUGCGCCAUCCUGAGCCUCACCAUGUCCAGACUCAACUCGUACGACGUCACUGAGUGGUCUUAUUACACAGUUUUGGGACUGUACACAAUUGCCGUUGUAGACGACGUGGUGCGCUUCCUCGCGUCUCGAUACAAAAUUCUCUUUUGUUUUUCGCCCGUGAUGCUUCUCGAGUUGCUGUGUCUCGCGUCGAAUUUCGGCGUUGGUUUUGGCUCGGUGAAGGUUAUUGAUGGUGUAGAAACACGUACGUAUUUGGACUUUUCGAUCAUGCGGUCGGUGUUUAUGCUGAGGAGCUACUUGGAAAUGGAGAAACACGUACCCAGAGCGACGAAAGGCUGGAUGAUGGUCCGUCUUGAAAUCAAGAUCUUGCUGAUGAUCAUGGUCGGUGCUUCCAUUAUGUUUUUUUUUGAGACCCUCGGGGAAUUGCCGCUUUUCACCGACAAUGGGUUCGCUCAUUUGUAUAGCUGCAGUGAUGGAUCUGUCACUCGACACAAGUCGACAGACUGCUCGGAAUCCACGUGGUCCGUCAUGUUUGCCUUUUAUUUUACGGUUGUGACGCUUGGUACGGUAGGCUAUGGUGACAACGCACCUCAAACAGUGCCGAGCCGUCUUUUGGCCAUCAUGUUUAUCGUUAUGGGUAUCAUUCUGUUUUCGAUGGAGAUUGAUAACCUCAUCAGCUUAUACAAGUUGCGUCAAAUUGGCAACCCGCCGUACACCCCCAAGCCUGACUCCAAGCAUGUGCUGAUUAUCGGCAAUCCAUCGUUUGCCCAGCUCUCGGCUAUUCUCCGAGAGCUGUUCCAUGCUGACCACUUAAGUAAUGCUGACACACAACAGCUCGAAGCUGUUGUACUUGGAAAUCGUAAGGCCAAGUUUACGAAGCCCCUUAUCGCGAAGAUGAAAGCCGAUCCCAUCUUUAUAUCACGUGUAACAUAUAUUGCUGGUGACGCUACUCGUUCUAAAGAUCUGGAGCGAUCCCUUGCUCGCGAUGCCAAAGCCGUGUUUGUGUUUCCAGACAAACUGACUGACGACGCCGUGACGGAAGAUGCAAUGAACAUAAUGCGUGUACUUGCAACCAAGCGCUAUGUUGGAAUGUCUGUUCGCAUUUUAGUAAUGGUGCUCCGUGCUGAGAGUGCUCGGCAUAUGCUAGCUGCUGGUGUACACCCGGACGAUAUUGUUUGCGAAAAUGUUAUCAAGAUGGGCUCGCUCGCUCAAAACACUGUUUCGAAUGGCAUUUCAACAAUGCUGUCAAAUUUGGCUGCAAGUCUCUCUAUUGACACGCGUGAAGACAGAAAUGAAAUCUCAAUCCCUUUACUCGCUGCUGUUGAAAAAGAUAAGUCCAUCGGCCCUGACGUCCUGACACCUGAUGUUGCCGACAAGGGACUGCUCGAGCGUAGCUGGAUCCAAGAGUACUACGCUGGUGCGGCAAAGGAAAUGUACCUUAUUCAUUUAUCAAAGAGAUACGCUGGAUUAACUUUUUCUGAAGCAGCAAUACGAAUCUUUCACGAAACCACGGGCACUGUAUUGCUCAUCGGUGUGGAGGUUAUGCUCUCCGAUGAGGAGGCUUCUUUUCACAAUAGCUGCGAAUCCCGCGUGCUGUUAAAUCCUGGUGAAAGUUUGCUUUUGACGGAGUGGAUUCAGUGUUAUUGUAUCGCUGAUGACCUUGACCAAGUCUUCAAGUACAAGAUUUGCCCGGAGGAGGUCAGCUUAGAAGAGAUGCGGCAGCGGGGCAACACUUCGACGUUCAUGAACCAUCCUGGGGACGUUUAUCAACCUAUGCUUUCUGCCAGCUGUAAGGACGAUCUUCCUUGUGAUGAGCUAAUAAGUCUAACAGCGUACACAGCGCACACGACUCCCAAUCACGCAUUUAUGAAGAACCGCAGCUCAAUGUUUGUAACAUCAAGAACUGGAUCGCUUGUACUGGACCGUUCGCUCGAGGCUAUUGCGCUUCGUUUUAAGAAUUCGAACCAAGCAGUCACCGGUGGCAAUCCUUACGAAAACCCUUUGGAUCACGCCGGUUUGUGCAGUCAUAAGGCGGAGAAUCCGUUUACAAAGGCGUCACUCAAUGCGCUCAGUGCACCACCGCUCGCCGUCCUCUUACACCCGAAGCAUGUCGUCAUUUGCAGCUUUUUAGGUGAAGAAUCUUUAGAAAGCCUGCGAUGGCUUAUCUUACCACUCCGUAGCCCAUAUGCCGUCAGUCAUCCCCCGAUCACAAUUUUGGAUACUGCAGAGCCGUCAGAUGCCCUGAUGCGAGCUUUGUCCGCCUUCAAAAAUGUGUAUUACGUGCGUGGAAGCCCUCUCGUGUAUUCAGAUUUGCAGCGCGCUGGUGCAAAGGCAGCAGCUGCAGUCGUCGUGCUUGGAAAGCGGUCAAAAACAACAAGCAUUUCCGAAUCUGCCUUGGACGCUGAGCUGGAAUCGAGCAUUGCUGAUGCAGAGGCAAUAUUCGUUACGAUGCUGGUGGAACUCAAAAUGGACUUUUCAAAAAUCUUUACUGUUACCGAGCUUGCGGACGAAGCCAACUCAAAGUUUAUGGGCAUGUCGUUUCAGCUCGAUAAGCUACAAACUGUGAUGUCAACCUGUGACAGCGCAAAUAGCGGUGAUGCAGCAGAUGGUUUGGGCAUGAAAGUAUUCAAGUUGUGGGACAACAUUUUGCAGCACGACGCCCCGGGGCAAAAGUCUGAAACGGAGAUUUUUGGUCUUCCUUUGUACAUGUCGGGCCGAAUCCUACACCCAGAGCUAUGUGAAAACAUGGUUGUGCAGACAUUCUUCAACCCGUCCAUUCACAAGAUUGUCCGUCAACUGGUAGGAGGCCCUCGUUGUACCGGCGUGAUUCAUACCUUCUCAGUUCCGCGUGUGCUUCGAGAGCAACGCACGUAUGCAGACGUCUUUCAAUGGUUUGCUGCAUCAUCGUAUUCUGGCAUUUGCAUUGCUAUUUAUCGCAUCUCGACACAAACAAUUGGAUCAUCGAGUCAUAUUGAACUGCCCAUCGUUAUUACGACUCCAAAAGCCGACCUUAACAUCCUCGGCAGCGAUCGACUCUUUGUUCUGAUCGGAGUUCACACGCUGGAACGUGCAGCAGCGAGGAUCCAACAGCGGUAUCGACAGUUCAAAAGGAUUCCUGAUCUCGUGAUGGCGAGCAUGGGUCCAAAACGAGAGUAA